CUUUUGAAUUUGUAGUUUUAAAAAUUACGUAAAUUUAUCGUUAUUGAUGGAAUUGAGCAAAAAAAUUGGCAAUGCCGAAGCCACUUUCACUUCACAAAUAACACUAUCACAAUCCCUGUGAAAUCGUCUGCAUUUGUUCAACCUUCAACGACUGUGUUGGUGGGUGGAUUGUAUAGAAAAAUGUUGCUAGGUCUUUAUUAAUUUUAAUUAUUGGAAAUGCCGACAAGUUUUCCGUUGCCAUUCAUUGCCAUCUUGAGAAAUUCGUGCCGUGGUUGUAGGAUAGUCUUGUCGCCUAAAAGGGAUUACAUUACAUUUUCAAGAAAUGUUGCAGGUGAAUGUAAUGGAAUCCAAUGUAUUCAAGGUCCUACAGCAUACCAUGAAGUCAUCAUUUCUAAGAACUCUAGUCAUAGAAGAGUUGACCUACUUGUGCCUAGUAGAGGCUUCAUUAAGCUGCCAGGUGGACUAGAAAUCGGUAAUAAAAGGAAAGAUUAUUCUGAAAGAAGACUUCUGGGAUAUUCAAUGGAGCAAAUGUACAGUGUUGUCUCGGAAGUUGAACAGUAUAAGAAUUUUGUUCCAUACUGCAAGAGCUCAGUAGUCACAUCCAGAACUCCUGGGCACCUUAGAGCUGAUUUAACCAUUGGCUUUCCACCAUUAUUGGUAGAAAGCUAUACAAGCAGUGUCAUGCUUACCAAACCAAAUCUGGUAAAAUCUGUGUGUACAGAAGGGAAGUUGUUCAAUCAUCUCCUUACCAUCUGGAAAUUCAGUCCUGGCUUGAAGGACAAUCCAAAAAGUUGCCUCUUGGAUUUUUCUAUAUCCUUUGAAUUUCGUUCUGCGAUCCAUUCUCAGCUGUCACACAUGUUCUUUGAUCAAGUAGUUAGGCAAAUGGUUACCGCCUUCUUGACAGAGGCGAGGAGACGCUACGGGCCUGCAUCUGUAACGGGUCAAAGGCCACAGGUGUUAUCUGCAACAUCCUGAUAUUUAGCUAAAUUCAAAUGUUAAAUACUGUAUCUAAGGUUUGUACACAGGUAUUACACAAUCUAAAAUCACAA